GUGCACUGAUCUGUGACAGUUUAAGUUGAUCAUUGCGGGGCACAUACCAUUGCACGAAGAUGCUUUGAUUUUAUUCUGUAGCGUAGCAGACGUCACUCGUGCAAAGUGAUACAAAAAUAAUUGAAUCAUAGUCGAUCCUACAAAGUUAAAGGAGUUGAACUGUUGACAAGCUCAGAUCACAUCGUUCUAAGAUAAGUGCACGUUAAAGGGAAACAUAUCUUGGAAACUAUUCAGGCCCAGGCUUUCUGUAUUUGCUCUAUUCUGUUAGGCGACCAAAGCAGGAAACGGGACAGGUCAGAGAAGCGCGCGAAAUUCUGAAUAUAGACAAUCGGGCAGUUCUUGUGUGUGCGUACGGCAAAAAUAAUGGCGACAACCGCGCGUAUAUCCUGCGGAUCGUCUAGUGUUCGUGAGCAGGAUCGAAAAUGGAUCCUGGCCCUUCUUCUUGCCAUCGUCUCUGUCGGGGUAGGCCUAGUCCAGGCCGAGACCACUCAAGUGCCGACACCGAAAACUAAAGUUCGCUUGAUCGAAGGAUCGGACAUCCAUGAAGGUGUACUGGAAUACUUCUAUCAACUGGAGAGCAAAUGGCUGCCGGUUUGUGGUGAGGGUGUACAGAAAGAAGACGCAAAUGUCGUUUGCAGGGAGCUGGGAUUCCAUGGAGCUGACGUCAUCAAGAACGUCACAAGAUUCACUGAAAAUGUAACAUACAGCGCCCUUGUGAACGUGUGGUGUGACACUGCAGACGGAGUACAACACAACUACCUGGGCGACUGCCUCGAAAGUGGCGUUGCAGACGGUCAGCCAUGCAAUGAGAAAGCGGCUUAUAUUACAUGUUUGACCCCUCGACUGACCGGAGGUAAUGACAUGUCCAGUGGCCGGUUGGAGGUGUGGUCGCCGGGCUUUGGCUGGGGGAAGGUUUGCAGUCCGAACUUCGGCGAGAAGGAGCAAGAAGUCACCUGCCGAGAGCUCGGGUAUUUAUUCGUCAACUUACGGAAUCUGGGAAGCGCUAAUCAGUUUCAGGAUUCUGGCUUGACGUAUGAAUGGGAGGAUGUGAGUUGCACUGGAGCUGAAACCAAACUGGCCGAUUGCGAUGUCGAUACCACGGGUUCCACCAGCUGCCCCGGCGACAACGAUGCAUUCGCAUCCUGCACUAACGUCGAGUCGGACCCAGGAAAGCCUCCCUUGUUAGGGGUGAAGUUGUCCGACGGACCGUGCGAGACCGAAGGUCGUCUGGAAGUCUUCGACGGCGACGUGUACGGGACGGUUUGCCAAGAGCAGAUCACCCAGCUCGACGCCCGGGUCAUUUGCCGUCAGCUAGGCUUCGAAUCGGAGAAUGCCGAGGUGGUCAACUGCUGCGACACGUACCCCGCUGCUAGGGCUGGAGCUUCAGAAUUAUUCGGAGUUCUUAACUGCACGGGGUCGGAGUCCAUGAUUGCUCAGUGCCCCCACCCUCCCGUUGGCUCGCAGGUGGGGUGCGACACGUUGAGACAUAUCAAUGAUGUGGGGAUCAGAUGCCAAGUUUGCCAGACGAAAAAUCUCAACUUGGCAGCUGUGAUUGGCGGUGUCGUUGCCUUCCUCAUCAUCCUAAUCGUCAUCGGCGUCGUGCUGUGGUACGUCUGCUAUAUCCCUAGAAGCAAAUACCAGGCUGCGGCCAACGAAAACGACGAAGAACCCGAUGUCGAACCAGAGGAGGAAACCGCCGGUCAACCGACGACGAAUGGAUUCGAGGAGAAUGCCAAUAACCAUAUGGAGCCCGAGUUGAACGAGGAAGAUUUACGGGAAAAGAACAUCGAGACGGAGGAUUCGUUUGUUUGAUGACAUUUAUGUUUCUUUCGUCGAGUAUCGAGUAAACUGAUGCUAUAGCUAGAUCAAGUAACAUGAAACAAAAGCGCAAAGACUUCCGAGAAUCAACCUUAGGCAAUUUCAAUAGCCUCGUCCAUCGCCUUUUGAAUUGAAUGGACUUUACCAUGGUGUUUCACAAAGACUGUAAGUAGAACUUCACAUUAAGUUGGACUUAUAAUUUAUGGAGAGCCAUUUGUAGCCUUAA